AUGAGUGUUUAUAAUUAAUAAAAUUUCAACAGGAAUCCUAAAAUUCAAAGUUCCUCUAAUACAUACAUUCCAGUUUGUUUUGAGGAUAAAGAAAAUGUUUUUGAAGUAGUGAAUAUGUCAUUGAAUGGUAGUUCAAGAUAGGAACAAGGAAAGGUUCCAAGAUUAGAAAUAUCACGUACCAGGAGCUUUUCUAGAUAAUCAAGCCCAAAUAGCAGCUUUAGAACUUAAACUGAGAAUGAGGCAAACAAUUCAAUGCUCCAUUAUACUAAUUCACUAUAAUAGCAUUUAAAUACAUAGGGUUCAACUAUAUCCAGAGAUUAUACAAAAAAACAAAUACCUAUUCCUAAGCCUUAAAAUCUUCCAUAAGCACCUUCUUCUAGGUCAAAUUACAGUGUAAAAGAUAUUGUAAAUGGAACUUAAAAUAAUUUAUAUAACUAUGCCUACUAGCCUCAAAGGACAAAGAGGAGCUUAAGUGGAUAAAUUUACUCAUCUCCUUCUUACGAAAACAUUUAGAAUAAAUAAUAUUUCCCUGAUUACUCUCUUGAGUAUUCCUGCAAUUUUUCUUCUAAUGGCGGUAAUUAUGUCCUUCCUCAAGAUUCAAUUCUUAAUGAAAGCAGGACAGUAAUUUCUAAAGAAACAGACGCUUGUGUUCAAGAAUAUAAAGAAAAGAUGAAAGAAUUAAAUAAAUUUUUUGAUGAAAAUAAAGCUUUCGAACAAGAAGUGCAGACAAAUUUAAAAAACCUUUAAUAUUUAGGAUAGAGAAAGUAAGAUAUAAUACUUGACUGUAUAAAAGACCUUGAUGAUUUAUAUUUCAAAUACUAAAAAUAAAGUAAAUAUGAUGAUUCUAAUAAUUAAGCAGUAGAAGUCACAGAUGUCAGCACUUAAAAUUACAUAACACAAUAAAAAAAUCAAAUAUCAAGUUAAGAUAUCAUAAAUUGUCAUAGUUCUCAAUAUGAUUUUAGUGAUUUUUAAGAUCGAAAAUCAGUUUAAAUAAUUGAAGGAGAUUACAGUUUGUCAUAUAAAAGCUAGAGUCAGUGCGAUAUAAUAAACUAGCCCUCUGUUAACGAUUUUGACUCGUGA